AUGAGCGAAAGUACAAGGCUCAAGAGCACGAUUUACGUUGGUGGACUUGACUCGGCUGUGACAAGUCAGACGUUAGCUGAGGCCUUCAUUCCUUUCGGCGAAGUGGUCGAUAUUACUCUGCCCAAAGCAGAUGCACACAACUCUGGCGAAACGCAUCGUGGUUUCGGAUACGUCGAAUUCGACCUUCCUCAGGAUGCAAAGGAAGCGAUCGACAACAUGGACGGUAGUGAGAUCUACGGGCGAACGAUCAAAGUUGCAGCCGCCAAGCCUCAAAAGGAUGCCAAUGAAGGGCUCGGUAGCAAGACCGCUAUCUGGGAGCAAGAGGGCUAUCUCGCUAAGCAUGCAGUUGAUGAAGAGGAUAGGCAAGCCGCUGAAGAAGCGCGACAGGCCAGCAACCGACCACAGGAUCCCAUGCAAGGGCUUGAGCAGCUUGAUGUCGCAGGGCCUAACCCGGAAUGA